AUGGCUGCACAAGAGUCCACGACCUCGUCUGAGUUCUUCCAGGCCAUCGGCGAGAAGGUCGACGGCAACGAUGAUCAGAAGGUUGUCGAGGAGAUUGAGUCUCUCUGCAUGAACUGCGGCAAGAAUGGCACCACCAGACUGCUCCUGACAUCGAUCCCCUACUUCCGCGAAAUUAUCCUCAUGUCCUUCUCUUGCGAAGAGUGUGGCUUCUCCAACAGCGAGGUCCAACCUGCCGGCUCCAUCCAGCCCAAGGGUACAUACUACGAGCUCCGCCUGACGGCCCUCGAGGAUUUCGGCCGCCAGGUCGUCAAGUCCGACACCGCGACUGUCAAGUUCAUCGAGCUCGACCUCGAGGUGCCCCCCGGCAAGGGCCAGCUUACAAAUGUGGAGGGUCUCCUCAGCACGAUUAUUAAUGACCUUGAAUUCGGCCAGGAGGCCCGCAAGGAGCAGAUGCCCGAGGUGUACCCCAAGAUCGCUGAGAUUAUUGAGAAGGGCCGCGCCAUGCUGGACGGCAAGUCCUUCCCCUUCCGUGUCACCGUCGACGACCCCGCCGGCAACUCCUUCAUCACUCCCGACCUCAAGGACGGUGUCGGCAAGUGGGAGAAGCACGAGUACAUCCGUACCGCUGAGCAGAACGAGGCGCUCGGUAUCUCUGCCGCCCAGGCCGAUGCCGCCGCCGCCGCCGCCAACCCCGGCCUCACCGCUGACGGCGACAUCAUCCCCAACGAGGUCUACAGCUUCCCCGCCUCCUGCCCCGGCUGCAUGCACCCCUGCACCACGCACAUGAAGAUGGUCGACAUCCCGCACUUCAAGCAGGUCGUCCUCAUGUCUACCGUCUGCGACGACUGCGGUUACCGCUCCAACGACGUCAAGACCGGUGGUGAGAUCCCCGAGAAGGGCGAGAAGAUCGUCAUCAAGAUCUCCAACGGCGCCAUCGACCUGGCCCGUGACAUUCUCAAGUCCGAGACGUGCGCUCUCGAGUGCCCUGAGCUCAACCUUGCCGUCAACCCCGGCACCCUCGGCGGUCGUUUCACCACCAUUGAGGGUCUGCUGACCCAGGUCCGCGACGACCUGCGUGGUCAGAUCUUCCAGGCCGACGCCAACGGCCACAGCACCGGCAGCGGUGACUCUCUGGUGCCCGAGGAGAAGGCCAAGUGGGACACCUUCUUCAGUGGCCUCGACGCCGCCAUUGACGGCGAGCGCGAGUUCACCGUCAUCCUCACCGACCCUCUCGCCAGCAGUUUCGUCCAGCCGCUCGUUGACCCCCCCGCCGCCGACCCCCAGAUCACUCGCGAGUACUACGAGCGUACCGACGAGGAAGAGGAGGAGCUCGGUCUGCGCGACAUGAAGGUCGAGGGCUACGAGGAGGACGCCGCCAAGGAGGCCGCCGAGGCCAAGGAGCUGACGGAGGAGGAGAAGAAGGGUGCCGAGUUUGACAAGAUUCUCGACGCCAACAUGGGAAGGUGA